GCGGCGGUUCCGGGAUCCGGGUCCCCAGCUGGCCGCCGCCUCGGGGCGCGCCUGGCCCGGGCCGCAGCUGGCGGGCGCAUGUGGGGGCGCGCGGCGCGGAGGCGCUGCCCGCGGGGGCUGCGGCGCGGCCGGCUGGCGCUGCUGGCCCUGCUGGCGCUGCUGGCGCUGCUGGCACUGGCCGGGCUGAGCUCGGUGCUGCGGGCGCGGCGCGGGGCCGGGGCGGCCGAGCCGGGACCCCCGCGCACCCCGCGCCCCGGGCGGCGCUCGCCGGUGCUGCCGAGGCCCCCGGAGCCGACGGGCGCGCUGGGGGCGAGGGGCGAAGCGGUGCGGCUGCAGCUGCAGGGCGAGGAGCUGCGGCUGCAGGAGGAGAGCGUGCAGCAGCACCAGAUCAACAUCUACCUCAGCGACCGCAUCUCGCUGCACCGCCGCCUACCCGAGCGCUGGAACCCGCUGUGCAAAGAGAAGAAAUACGAUUAUGACAACUUGCCCAGAACCUCUGUCGUCAUCGCUUUCUACAACGAGGCCUGGUCGACUCUCCUUCGGACAGUUUACAGCAUCCUUGAGACGUCCCCGGACAUCCUGCUGGAGGAAAUCAUACUCGUGGAUGACUACAGCGAUCGUGAGCACCUGAAGGAGCGCCUGGCCCAGGAGCUGUCCGGCCUGCCCAAGGUGCGCCUGGUGCGCGCCAACAAGAGGGAGGGCCUGGUGCGGGCCCGGCUGCUGGGGGCCUCAGUGGCCAGGGGCGACGUGCUCACCUUCCUGGACUGCCACUGCGAGUGCCACGACGGCUGGCUGGAGCCGCUGCUGGAGAGGAUCCACGAAGAGGAGUCGGCCGUGGUGUGUCCCGUGAUUGAUGUCAUCGACUGGAACACCUUUGAGUACCUGGGGAACUCCGGGGAGCCCCAGAUUGGUGGUUUUGACUGGAGGCUGGUGUUCACCUGGCACACGGUACCCCAGAGGGAGAGGGAGCGGAUGCGGUCCCCCAUCGAUGUCAUCAGGUCUCCCACAAUGGCUGGUGGGCUGUUUGCUGUGAGUAAGAAAUAUUUUGAAUAUCUGGGGUCUUAUGAUACAGGAAUGGAAGUUUGGGGAGGAGAAAACCUCGAAUUCUCCUUUAGGAUCUGGCAGUGCGGUGGGACCCUGGAGACACACCCGUGCUCUCAUGUUGGCCACGUUUUCCCCAAGCAAGCUCCCUACUCCCGCAACAAGGCUCUGGCCAACAGCGUCCGGGCAGCUGAAGUGUGGAUGGACGAUUAUAAGGAGUUCUACUACCAUCGCAGCCCCCACGCGCGCCUGGAACCCUUUGGGGAUGUGACAGAGAGGAAGCAGCUCCGAGCAAAGCUCCAGUGCAAGGACUUCAAGUGGUUCUUGGAGACUGUCUAUCCAGAACUGCACGUGCCUGAAGACAGACCUGGCUUCUUUGGGAUGCUGCAGAACAGAGGACUAAAGGGAUACUGCUUUGACUAUAACCCUCCUGGUGAAAACGAAGUUGUGGGACAGCAGGUCCUUCUGUAUCCCUGUCACGGGUUGGGCCAGAACCAGUUUUUUGAGUACACGUCGCGGAAUGAAAUCCGCUAUAACACCCACCAGCCAGAGGCCUGCAUCGCCGCGGGCCUGGAAGUGGACAUUCUCACCAUGCAGCUCUGCACGGAGAAGGAAGUCCCCGAGAGCCAGAAGUUCAUCCUGCAGGUGGAUAGUUAUUUAUUUCACGUACAGUCCAGGAAAUGUGUCCAGGCUGAGAAGGCGGCAUCUGGCAACAGCUUCGUGCCGCUCUUACGAGACUGCACCAGCUCAGACCAUCAGAAAUGGUUCUUCAAGGAGCGCAUGUCCUAGUGUCUCCGGGCGGGAGCCCCUCAGAGGAGACUGGGGGCCUCUGGACUCCACGCCCAGUGGACGCUCAGCUGAGGGCAGUGACAGUCCCCCCAAAAAACUGAUGCUCCACUUUUGUAAGGAAAUCAUUUUGCAAGAUGUGAAUGUGAUGUUGGACAUAGUAAAAACACGCAUAAGCUUUGCACUCUGAUUUUUGAAAACUCGUUCCAAAAUACCCUCUUUCCAAAGGGUGAUCAUAAAAUGUUAACUCUCGGGAUUCAGAAAAUUAAACUUUAUAGUAUUUUUCUAUCAAGA